AUGGCCGGAGAUGACUGGGACAAGUCAGAACAUCGCAAAAGGGCGACUAGAAGGUCGUUAGAGGAUGACUGGGGCAGGUUAGAACGUCAUCGAAGGACAACCAAAAAGUUGUCUAAGUUUGUCAAAGGAUGGUCGAGAGGCAAUCGGAUCAUUGCCAGAGAACGACUGAAAUGGUGCUGGAGAUCGUCGGUGCAGCACCGACCUCUGGCUUUGAAGGAUGGUCGGAAUGUCACGUGGGAGAAUGAACGAAAGAGGUACCAAAAGAGGCUGUCGGAGGACAGCUCAAAGGAGAAGAGCCUCAAGAGUUUUGAUAUGAAGGAUCCCUCGCGGGGCAAACACAAAACAUACUAUCUUUGGCCAGAAAAACCCAUGAUCUUAAACUCUGAUACCAUGUGA